AAAAUUGAAGGAGAAGAAUCCCACAUUGCCACCGUUCAACUAUCACCGGGCGAAGUCUUGCGUGCCGAGUCAGGGGCCAUGCUGUACAUGACUCACGGCGUCGUCAUGGAAACAUCUUUACAAGGCGCGUCGAGUGCCUUUCAACGCAUGCUGACCGGGCAGAAUGUCUUUCUGACCGACUUCAAGUACGAGGGCCAAUCGUCCGGCACAGUAUGCUUGGGUACAGACUUUCCGUCCAAGAUAUUGCGGUUGCGAUUGGACGAUUACUCCAACAGCACACUUAUUUGCCAGCGAGGUGCCUACCUGGCAAGCAAUCCUACCGUAGAUAUUCAAAUGGAAGCGACCAAAUCACUCACGGCCGGUUUUUUUGGUGGACAGGGCUUUAUUCUGCAAAAACUAACGGGCCACGGCGAUGUUCUCGUCAAGGGUGGUGGGACCGUCGUAAACAAGACUUUGUCGGAAGGCGAAACUCUGCGGGUCACAUCGGGCAGUAUUGUGGCUUUUGAAUCCUCCAUCUCGUACGACGUACAAAUGAUGCCCGGUAUCAAGAAUGCCAUGUUUGGCGGGGAAGGCUUGUUCGUAGCAACCCUCCAGGGUCCUGGACAGAUAUGGCUACAAGGCAUGCCACCGGAUCGCAUGAUUGCCGAAAUCGCA